AUGGCUCCUCGCAUUCACAUCAAGCAACAAGAAACCCGUUCUGAGUCCUGUCAGCUACAGAUCCUGGUAGUGGGCGCAGGCCUCGCAGGACUAGGCUCAGCCAUUAGCUGUGCCCUGGCUGGACACAAAGUCCAUAUCCUCGAAUCAACCAGCGAGAUCAAGGAAGUCGGUGCAGGGAUCCAAGUACUCCCUAAUAGCUCACGGGUCCUCCAACACUGGGGCUUGGAAAAUGCCCUCACACCGCAUAUGACAUUUCCACGCGUGUGCAACUUUAUCGGAUGGAAAGGAAACCAUAUUUCCGCUUUGGAUUUUCACGAAUCGGAAAAGGGAUAUCCGGGAACUUGGUAUCGGGAUUUUCAUCGCGCUGAUUUGCAGCGGUGUCUUGUAAAUCGGGCGCUGGAGUUGGGCGUGAAAAUGACCUGCAGUGCCCGGAUCAUAAAUGUUCGCGUAGCGGAUGAUGGUGCGGUGGCUACGGCUGUUGCUGCGGAUGGAAGGGAAUGGGAGGGAGAUCUGGUGCUUGGGGCGGAUGGUGUGUUUGGGAAGUUGACUGAGGAGCUGCUUGGGCGGGAGGAUCCUCCGGUUAAGACAGGCGAUCUUGCUUAUCGUCUUCUUUUGUCGACAGAGGAGAUGCGCAAGGAUCCUGAGCUGGCUCCUUUUGUGAAUGAUCCGCAAGUUAAUUAUUGGCUUGGUCCUGAUGCUCAUGCAGUGAAUUACGUGCUUCGCGGGGGUGAUCUUUUCAACAUGGUUCUUCUCGUGCCAGACGAUAUACCUGAAGAGUCUCUUGCCUCUACAAUUGAAGGAAAUGUGGAGGAGAUGUGCUCAUUAUUUGAGGGUUGGGAUCCAAGGAUUCAAAAACUGCUCAAGCUGUGUCAAUCAGUACAAAAGUGGCGCCUAUGUAUUCGCUUCGGAGACUUCAACUGGGCUCACACAUCUGGAGCAUGGGUGAUGCUGGGUGAUGCAGUUCAUGCAACCUUACCAUAUUUAGCAUCGGGAGCUGGCAUGGCCUUCGAAGACGGUGCUGUUCUCGGGGAAUGUCUCUCUCGACUUCCCAACAACCCUCAUAUUAAGAAGAAUUCCCCGGAGUUCUUGCAGGCCAAGAGACACGCUUUGCAGGUCUUUCAAGAAUGCCGCAAGCAACGAACGAAAAUGGUGGUCGAGCGAGGUAAUUUACAGCAGUAUCUAUACCACCUCCACGAUGGAAAAGAGCAAGAAGAGAGAGAUUUCAAAAUGCAGAUGACGCCGACACCAGAAGGAGAGGCUUUGGCUUGGAGAGAUCCUGGUCUUGCCCCAAAGCUUUUGGGAUAUGAUCAUAUCGCAGACGUCGAUCGCUAUUGGAGCCAUUCAUCAAGCACUGAUAGACUCGAGUCUCGACUGUAG